CCCAAGAUUCAGGAAGAACCAAACAUGUAUGGUGAGCAGGGAGGCUGCGGCUCUGGAGUCAGAGCCUGGGGCACAGAGUUUCCGCUCGACCGACUGUCCUGACCUGCCUCCCCUGUCCGCCUACCCCAGCCCCCAAAGUAUGUCAGCCAAGUCCAAAGGGAACACCUCUUCUUUUCCAAACGAGGGACCAUCGGUAGCCUCCAAAACCAAGGUGAAGGAGCAGAUCAAAAUCAUCGUAGAGGAUUUGGAAUUAGUCCUGGGGGAUCUGAAGGAUGUGGCCAAGGAACUUAAAGAGGUGGUUGAUCAGAUUGACACAUUGACUUCUGACCUACAGCUGGAGGAUGAGAUGACAGACAGCUCCAAAACUGAUACACUGAACAGUAGCUCCAGUAGCACCACAGCAUCCAGUUUAGAGAAGAUCAAAGUGCAUUCUAAUGCAACACUCAUCAAGCCACCAGUCCACCCUUCUGCUAUACUCACAGUCCUGAGAAAACCUAAUCCUCCACCUCCUCCUCCACGAUUGACACCUGUGAAGUGUGAAGAUCCUCACAGGCCUGUGCCAACCAUCAAUUCUGUAAAGACAAAUGGCACACUUCUCCGAAAUGGAGGAUUAUCUGGAGCAUCAAACAAAAUUCCAAAUGGGGACAUCUGCGGUUUACCUAGUAGUAACUUAGACAAGGUACAGAUGCAGCCUCUGAUGCACAGACCUGAGAAGGACAGGUGUCCCCAGGCAGGAACAAGGGAACGGGUACGAUUUAGUGAAAAGAUUCAAUACCAUGGGUACUGUCCUGACUGUGAUGUCCGGUAUAACAUAAAAAAUCGAGAGGUUCACAUCCACAGUGAACUUCUCCACAUGCCAGGAAAGCUUCCUCACCAGUGCCCCCCUCUCCCACCUCUACCACCUCCUCUCCCUCCUUUUCCUCUGGAAAAUGGAGGGUUGGGAAUAAGCCACAGUAACAGUUUCCCCCCUCUAAGACCUGCAACUGUGCCUCUACCUACUGCACCUAAACCACAGAAGACCAUCUUGAGGAAAUCAACCACUACGACAGUGUGAUGUAUGCCACUUGAAAAACUGUUUUGAUUUUUCUAUAUUAUAAAUAUAAAAUAAUAGAUAAUGAUGAGCACUUUCUACUCAAGCAAUAAGAAGCCCAAACAUAUUACAGCCUGUGUUCAACAAAGUGGCAUAAAAUCACCUGGUAAGUGUGGAGAACUAUCCCAUAUGUAAACAGAAUUGUUCCAGUAUUAAAACAUGUGCUAAUGCAUAUUUCAGAGUUUAUUUUUAUUUACAGAUGGUUUGAACUAUGACCUGGAUUUUAUUAUUCUUUUAUAUUGAUAUGUCAAAGGAAAUAUUUCUUUAUUGUUAAAACAUAGCAAGUAACUGC